UCGUAAAUGAUUCCAUAUGUGUUACUUCAUAGUUUUGAUGUCUUCACUAUUAUUCUACAAUGUAGAACAUUGUACAAAAUAAAGAAAACCCCUUGAAUGAGUAGGUAUAUCCAAACUUUUCACUUGUACUGUAUAUACAUUUAAAAAAGUUUUUUUUUAAACAAUGUUUUCUUCUCACAAAAGUAGUGCACUGGGCCUUUACUAGUAUUAGCGGACCAAUAUAGAUGUCUGUAGCUCAAGCAAAAAAAAUGCUUCAGCAUCUCUGCUUUGGCAAAAAAGCUAGUUGUAUAAUUAUGAACAGUGUCUUGCAGGAUUCAAUAGUCAUUCUAAUGGGAUACAGAAAGAACAAUACUAUGUCCUCACAUUAAAGGUGCAAAGUUAUGGGCAAAGACACAAAACAUUCACAUCAAAUUCAAUAUUUUUAUUGAUCAAAUGACAUGGAAAACAACCCCUUUUUAUGCAGUAUUAAUUGACCAUCCUUACAAACCACUUAAGGUAAAUGUACAUUGCUGUAUUGUACAUAGGCUGGUCAUUCAGAAUAGCGCAACGGUCUAAUGCACUGCAUCUCAAUGCUUGAGGUGUCAUUACAGACACCCUGGUUCGAUUUCAGGCUGUAUCACAACGGGCUGUGAUUGGGAGUCCCAUAGAGCAGCGCACAAUUGGCCCGGUUUGGCCGGUGUAGGCUGUCAUUGUAAAUAAGAAUUUGUCUUAACUGACUUGCCUAGUUAAAUAAACGUUACAUUUUAAAAAAUAUAUAUGAAUAAUAAUCAUCCAGGUUUGUACCUGUAGACUUUCCAUCACCAUGAAGAAAAACAAUGUACAAUACAGUAAUUGAGUACAUUGAGACAUCAAGUGGUUCGUGAUAAUGUGGCUCGGUUGGUAGAGCAUGGCGCUGGCAAUGCUAGGGUUGUGGGUUUGAAUCCCAUGGGGGACCAGUAUGACAAUGUAUGCACUCACAACUGUAAGUUGCUCUGGAUAAGAGUGUCUACGAAAAGGAAUGAAUAGACGAUUUCAGUUUUCACAUAGUCAACAAAAAAAAAACAUCACAAAAGUAAUGCGCUGGGCCUUUACUAGUCAUGUAUUAGCAGACUGAAAUAGAAGACUUCAGCACCUGCAACAACAACAAAAAUCUGCACCCCCAAACUACUUCCAGCAGCUAUAGUAUGCCACACGUAUUGUAUAUAGGCCACAGUCAAGUGCAUUUCUAUGUGGUUGCAUCAGUGAUUGUAAUUGAGUAUCUUUGACUUGAAAAUAAAUAAUUACAUUUAUGUAAAUGUAUUACAAUAAAAUAAAUCACAUAUUUACUAAAAGCUGCCGUGAUCGCCGAUAAUUAUUACGUUUGGCCACCUGAACUUGAGGACACGUGGGCUCCCCGCACGCUAACGCUCAUUCGAAAACAGUUCUGAGGAGGCAGUGACCCAGCGAAGUGUGUUAAUUGAUUGAAGCUAAUAACAGUCCCAGGUGUCAGGAUGUCUGACGAUCUGAUGAAGAAGAUGCUCCGUGCUGUCCUCCAGGCCAAUAAGAACGGGGUGUCCAUCACGCGGCUGCAGGGGGAAUACAGGUCGCUGACUGGGGAGUUCAUCCCCGACCGAAAGCUGGGUUACCCUUCACUGGAGUGCUUCCUCCGCAGUAUCCCCUCCGUGGUCAGGAUGGAGAAUCGCAUGGGGGAGAUAAUGUGCUUCGCUGCAGUCUGUCAAGAAACGGCCCACAUCGCUCAGUUGGUCGCCCGUCAGAAGUCCAGCAAGAGGGCACCUGGCAGAUCCCAGAUGCUGAACUGUCGGAUGAGGUCGAAAUUGGCUUCAAAUUUUGUGUUCUACGAGAAGCCUCGGACGUCCCUGCGUCAGCCCGACCGUGCUCCAGUGCACUCCGGCUGGAGCCAGCCUUACUCCUCCAUGGGGCCCCCACGGCCGCGGAGCUACAACAGUGGAGGCUUCAGUGCUGGGGGAGACAUCAGGAAGAUGUACAGCCAGCAUGACGACCGGGCCAACCCCCCUGCUCCGCCACCGCAGAGUCAGAACAGGGAGCCCGUCACUGAGAGACCAGUCAAGAAAUGUACCUUUUCUUCUAGACUGGUGAAAGAAGUCAACCAUCACAUUUCGAAUACCACCCAAAAAGCUCCUGCUCUCUCCAGUUUCCCAGCUCUCUCCAUUACCAUCAGUAACGUCCCUCCUCCUCCGACGCCCAAAGCCCUUCAGCCGGGAGGCUACAACCCCCAGGUGGUGCAGAGUCGGAUCUCUGAGGUGCUGAAGAAGUACUGCAGUGGUCUGUGGCUCUCCAAGCUGCCCUCUGUGUACCGGGACAUGCACAACCAGGACCUACCUGGCCAAGCAGUCAUAGACCUGGAGAACUGGACACACAUCUGCUCAGUUGAGAAGCCUGUUAGUACCAAUCGAGCAGAUAGGCUGGUCUACCCCCCUCAGCCCAAACCCCCCAGCCCUGCUCUCUCACCAGUCAAACCCCCAACGGCUCCUUAUACAGUAAAACCAGCCACAACCCUCCUAGCCAAACCCAUCACUACCGCUCCAGUCAAACCAGUCACCGCCAACCCAGUGAAACUGGCCCCUCUAUUCUUCUCACCGAGGAACCCCUCCUUGAACCAGAGACAGACUUCGCCCACUCCACCGGCCCCCUCGUGGAAGCACUCCCCGACCAAUACCCCCACCUCUCCAACUGCCCCCUCUACCUUGUGGAAGCCUUCUCCUUCCCACCUACUCCCUACGCCCACCUGUAAUUUGUGGAGACCCUCCCCUACUUCCACCUCGCCCUCAUGGAAGCCAACAACUACCCCUUUCUCCCCUACUCCCCCCUCCCUCAUCCCCACCUCCCCUACUUCUCCCUUCCUCUCCUCCCCCACAUGGAUGGCCUCCCCUACUCCCCCCUCCCUCAUCCCCACCUCCCCUACUUCUCCCUUCCUCACCUCCCCCACAUGGAUGGCCUCCCCUGCUCCCCCCUCCCUCAUCCCCACCUCCCCUACUUCUCCCUUCCUCACCUCCCCCACAUGGAUGGCCUCCCCUACCCCCACCACCCCAAUCCCCCUCUCACCUACAGCGGUGAGCAUCCCUGUGGAGGCGUGCCUCAGACUGAAGGAGCUGCUGUCUAAAUACAGCCAUGGCCUGUGGGCCCACGCCCUCCCCAAGCUCUACCAGGAGACCUUCAAGGUCCCCUUCCCAGAGGACAUCCUGGCCAACCUGUCUCUCUUACUAGACAUCUGCACCGUGGAGUACCCCAUGGCCGACAACAAGAAGAAGGCCAUCCUCUACGGCCCCACCACCGAGUACAAGGCCAAGGUGAGCAGCACCCCGUCCUCUCCGUCGGGUUAUAAGCUCAACAGCACCCCCAUGGUUCCUCCUCUGCUGCUCCCCAAGGAGGAGUUCCCCUCAGUGCUGGUGGUGGAGGCAAGCAGCACCGACCAGAUCAUCCUCAGGUACAUAGGCGAGGGCUAUUCUCAGGCCCUGGAGGCAAUGGAGGAAUCCAUGAGUACCGUCUACAGCCAGCUCAGCGCUCAGAGGCUCCUCCCCUUCCCCUCGGCUGGCAAACUGGCGGCCGUCAAAGUGGAGGGGGGCGAGGAGGUCGUCAGGGCCCAGGUCUGUGAGGUCAUGACCGACAAAGUCAAGGUGUACUACGUGGACCAUGGCUUCUCUGAGGUCCUCAGUAGAACCAAACUACUAGAGCUGCAGAACGACUUCCUCAAGCUGCCCUUCCAGGCGACUACCUGUACACUAGCUGGUCUGGAGCAGUUCAGCUCGGAGCUCUCUGUGCUGCAGACGCUGGAGUCCCUGGCCGUAGGUAAGAUCCUCCUGGUGGAGCUGCUGCAGCACGACGCUGACCCGCCCCAGGUGGUGCUCUACGACACGUCGCACGAUGAUGAGGUCAACAUCAACGCUGUCUGCCUCAAGGCUCUGCAGGACAAGGCCAUGGAGAACCCUUUACAGGUCAACAGUACCUAUAUGAAUGUGUCUGUGACCAACGUGUGUUCUGACGGAACCAUCUUCUGCCAGCUGCCCUCCCGAGGUCGGGUCAAGCUCAACGAGAUCCUGGAUAAGAUCGAGGCCUUCUUCAUAACCCAGGUGACAUCAGAGUCUCUGGUGUCCACUCCGUUCUGUGGGAAGUGCUGCCUGGCCCGGUACAAAGGAAGGUGGUCCAGAGUAGAGAUCACCAACCUCCAUGGUAGCAGAGUGCUAGAUAUCAAAUUUGUGGACCUGGGAGUCCCGGCCUCUGUAGAGGUCAUAGAGCUGAGAGAGAUCCCUCCUCCGUUCCUGCACGAGCUCAUGGUCAUCCCACCACAGGCGAUCAAGUGUUGUCUGGCAGAGCUGGAGGUGGGGGUCUGGACUCCUGAGGCUGUUCUCUGGCUUAGAGGUGCUGUAGUCAACUCUAUGGACUGUAGCAUGAAGAUCUCGAUGCUGGACGAGGCCAAGCUGGUGCACAUCUACCUGUUUAUCUCUAAGGGCUCCCAGGAUGUCACCAACAGUGUUAACCACCAGAUGGCGACCUCUGACCUAUGGAAGCAACCCGGACCCCAGAAGGACGGCCUCCCUACCCCCAGUUUCCUCGACAGCCCAGCCUGCAGCCCUAUCCCUGUCUCCACCAACACCCCCAGUCCUCUGGAUGGUGCCGGGGACGCGUCAAACCCCACUUUGGUCACCUCCGCUUGGGGAGAGAAGCAGCUGGUGCUGCCCCCUCUCUUGGAGCUUCCCCAGGCGGGCCAGAACAUGGACGUCUACGUGUCUGUGGCCUGUCACCCGGGACACUUUGUGCUGCAGCCGUGGCAGGACCUGUACAAGCUGGUGGUGCUGAUGGGAGAGAUGGUCCUUUACUACAACCAGAGGGAGGAGACGCCGGGGCCCGGAGAUGUACAGAAAGGAGAGAUCUACGCCGCCAAGGUGGACCAUAAUUGGCACCGUGUGCUGGUGAAUAGGGUUCUGUCCAGCGGCCUGGUGUCUGUGUACGAGCUGGACUAUGGUAAACACGAGCUGGUUAGCUGCAACCUGCUCCAGCCCCUCAUCGAGUCGUUCAGACAGCUGCCCUUCCAGGGAAUCACCGCACAACUGGCUGGCGUGGAGCAGCGUGUGUGGUCGGAGGCGGCGUCCAUUGUGUUCCGGAACCACGUAGAGAAGAAGCCCCUGGUGGCCCAGGUGGAGUGUGUGGUGGAGGCGGAGCUUCCCUGGGACAGGAAGAUGAUAGUGUACCUGGUGGACACUUCUCGGGAGGAGACAGACAUCUGGGUCCACAACAUCAUGGCUGACUUUCCAGAGGAACAGAGUACCGCCGCGUAGAACCAGACUGGACAGACCACAUAAGACUGUUGUGGUAUCCUUAUACCACACAGGUAGAACUCUGCCAGAGUCUAUCACAUACGCUGAAAUGAUGCACACAAGUCACAAAGAUCUGCCAGAGUGUCCCAGGUCAUUGGGGAGCCUGCGUUUAUGCAGGAGCUCGGUCUAUCAGCUUAGCACUGUGUGACGCAUAGAACUGUGAUUUUUAUCGUAUGGGGGGUAUGAAUCUAUUUGCAGUGUGUGUGUGUGUAUACAGAGAAAGGGAUUAAACAACAGUACCCACCCCAUCGAUCUCCGUAGCAGGGUAUGUCGUUCAAGUGUAAUAUAAAAAAAAAGUGUCCUUUAUCGUUCAGUUUCAAUCUUCUAUCAAAUACUUUGCGUAGAAAGUUCUUUACUGAUUUAGUUAUUAUUCAGCGCCAACUUUUGGUCUUGCAGUUGAUCUGUUUUAAGCCGUUUGUCCUUCUAACUUGUGAUUUGUUUGCCUUUUACUUAAAUUAUUUAAGUUUAAAUAUAUUUAAGUUAAAUUGUAUGUAAUUCGUUGUUUAAUACCUUGACUUUUGAAAUGCGUGACAUUUAUUUGACUUUGACACUUAUUUAGCUUUUUGUGUGUGAUAUCCCACAGUACCAACUUUACUUUUGAAGGAAAUGGCUCAAAUGGAUGAAUGUAGACUUGGCUGAAUAAAUUGUUCAUUAAA